AUGCGUAUACUGUUUUCUUUCUUUCUAGGAUUUAAAGAUGAUAAAUUCACAAUCGAACUCCAUUAUAAGGAUGAAAUUGUGCAUAUAAAUGAUGAAGACAUAUCCUAUUUUGGAGGUGAAGUUGUAUACUUGGAUUGGAUUGAUCCAGAUUGUUUGUCUUUGUUCGAGCUAGAUGGUUAUGUUGUCGAUAUCGGUCAUAUGGAUAGUAUGAGAAUGGUGGAGGAAUAUAGAACGACACAUGGUUGGGCAUAUUAUUGGAGACUGCCGGGAGAAAGAUUGAAGGAAGGACUGCAAGAGCUGACAAGUGAUAGUGAUAUUCUGGACAUGGCUGCCAAGAUAGUUCUAGAAACCAAGUUUGUAGAGGUUUAUCUGAUCAAUAAAGAUGAGUUAAGGAAGUGUACAUUAGAAGCAUAUCAAGGAGAACGUCCAAGUGUGCAAAGUCUUGUUGACAUGGGUGCUGAACAACAACAUGAGAAUGGACCUGAUUAUGGACACGAGACCAAUGAUGAGAGAGUGGAGGGUGAUCUGGAACUACUGGCAGCCGAGAAUUAUGAAGGAGAGGAGGAUGUGGAGGGGCAAACCAAUGAUAUGGAGAAUGAAAGCCAUGAUAUCUAUAUAGACUCUACAUUUGAUGUCAAUGUUGAUGAUGAGUUGUAUGAUUCAGACAAUCUGGGUAGUGUUCACUCGGAUGAAGAAGAAGGAGUUCAAACUCGUUCAAGAUACCCAUAA